UAUUGCUGCUAACCAGGCUAGUUAUAGAACAAACCCCUAAAUACCCAUUUUGCCCUCUGUGACUGGCAAAAAGGUCCCUUCCAUGCAUGCAACGUCUCUACCUGGAAAAAAAUCACUGGAACCGUUCUAAGUUUACGACCAUCUCUUUUUUUUAAAGUCAUGUUAAAGACGCUAGCCUGUAGAAGAUUCCAUUAGCUAGCCUAUCUGCGAGUUAGCUAACGGGGCUAACCAGAGCGCUGGACCAACUUUGCAUGGGCUGCUUGCUGCGCCUGGGAGAGUCGCUCGCUGUCUGAAUGCAAGCUCACGUUUGGGUUGGGUCCUUCACAUGGGAGUCUGUUGAUGCUUAAUGUAGCUCGAAGGCGAUAACUGCACAUUUACUUUUUGUGGCGUACACCAUCACGUUAUUGAUUUGAAAAACACAUUGGCAAGCUAACAGGAUAUUAGCCACCUUUCUCGACACUCCGCUUUGUGGUCGCAGGCCAUGAACUGAAACGCAUUCAUCACGGACUGAGUGAUGAGAAGGCUGGCUUGAUGGCAGUUCAUUAUUUAUUGGGACGUAGCAAUUGGAUACAACUAAACAGACAAAAGAAGCUUUUGAUUCGAACCUCGAUCCCGAACAAUUCAGUUUCUGUUCGCUCUUUGUAAUUGAAAAUGGAUCGAAGUGCUGGAGCUUUUUCGAAGUUGAAAUAGAACACAGAACACAGCGGGUUUAACGCCACUCCACUGUUGAUCCAAAUCCUGCAGAGACAUUACCUGGAGUUAAAAGGUGGGGACAUAUAAUGUUUGCCGCGAAAGAAAACCCCUGUAGGAAAUUCCAGGCUAACUUCUUCAACAAAAGUAAAUGUCAGAACUGCUUUAAACCCCGAGAGUUGCAUCUAUUGACGGACCAGGACUUGACCCAGGCUAAACCUAUAUAUGGUGGAUGGCUGUGCUUGGCCCCUGAGGGAACUGACUUUGACAAUCCUAUGCAGAGAUCCCGGAAAUGGCAGAGGAGAUUCUUUGUGCUGUACGAACAUGGCUGUCUGCGCUUUGCCCUCGACGAAUCGCCAAGCACGCUGCCUCAGGGCACAGUGAACAUGAACCUCUGCACUGAUGUCAUAGACGCCGAGCCAAAGACAGGUCAGAAGAACUCCUUGUGCAUCAUCACCCCGGACCAGGAGUACUUCAUCAGAGGAGAGAAUAAAGAGAUCAUCAAUGGGUGGACUGAACAGCUGGUGGUAUACCCCCGAACUAACAAACAGAACCAGAAAAAGAAACGCAAGGUGGAGCCUACGACCUCCCAGGAGCCAGGUCCAGCCAAGGUCGCAGUGACCGGUUCUGGUAUCCCAGAGGCAGAGAAGGUUCCAGACUCGAGCUCCAUUAUCUGGCAGGAGGAGCUGAACCAGAGAGAGGCUGAAGGGGCUGCAGUCUGGGCCCCUGACCUGCCUCCAGGUUCACCGCUACCCCUGGCAGUUAACUUUGCGCCACAGGGCUCUGACGCCGGCUCACUGAAUGGUGACGAAGUGGACCGGGGCAGCUUGGUUCUGCAUGGCUCUGCACCCCAGCCCCCCAGUGACCUGCUCUCCCCAACAGGCUCAUGCUCAAGUUUGGGCGGGGUCCCACGCUGCCUCUCCCCAUCUCCCAGCGACCCCUUCCCCUCUGGCAGCUCCCUGCUCUCUAACGGCUCACACAUCAGUGGCUCAGUCAGCUCUCUGGACUCGGAUGUCAGCGGCAGCACUGUCACUAGCAACGACAGCCAGCCAGCCAACCAGAGGGGCGGACACUCCAACAGCCACCAUGACACUAGAUCCCGAAGGCUGGAGGCAGAGACCAGAAAGGCUGAGAAGAGGAGUCGGUUCAGGAGCCCUGAUGGGAAGGAAAGGGGUGCUUUCCUCAGCCCGGAAAGGAGUCGCUGCGGCGUUAUUGAGAAGUUGGAGGCCUUGGAGCUGGAGAAUCCAGAGAAAAUGGAGGUGGAAGAAUUAAGCAAGAGUGCAGCCAGACGGGGCCGAAGUGAGCACAGGCACUUCCAAAGAGAGGUGCAGAGGUAUGACCUGGGCCAGGGUCUUGAUUUUCCCUCUGCCCACCCUCCUCUGAGGAGAGCCAAGUCCCUGGACAGAAGGACCACUGAGUCGGUCAUUACGCCGGAUUUAUUGAACUUCAAGAAAGGUUGGAUGGUGAAGCUGGAUGGUCAAGGCCAGUGGAAGAAAUACUGGUUUGUUUUGACGGAUCACAGCCUGAGAUACUACAAGGAUUCCAUUGCAGAGGAGGCCUCUGACCUGGAUGGUGAGAUGGACCUGUCUACUUGCUACAGUGUAACUGAAUACCAGGCUCAACGCAACUAUGGCUUCCAAAUACAUACUCAGGAGGGAGUGCACACGCUGUCGGCCAUGACAGCAGGUAUACGCAGGAACUGGAUCCAGGCAGUCAUGAAGAACGUCAGACCCUCCACUGCUCCUUAUGUGGCAAGCUCAACUGAGGAUCAUGGCUCCUUCUCUCUUUUGGAGGGUCUAGUUAGGCCAGACGUCACCCAGGACUCUCCCAUCUCUGAUGCUUCGUCUGUGGAGAGAGAAUCCAUUCCGGCUGUCGCAAAGAGCAGAGCACGUGAACGCAGAAGAGAAGGCCGCUCUAAGACCUUUGACUGGGCUGGGUUCAGACCGAUCGCUCAGGCUCUGGCUCAGCAGCGGGCCCAAGAGGCAGAGAGCCUCCACACAGAACUGGGUGAGCUGGAGCGCAGUCGGAGAAGAGAAGAGCGGCGGAAGAGGUAUGAGUCUGUGACGAGCUCAUCAACAGAGCCAACACCCGUUAACGAAGGAGGGAGGACAGACUGUGAGAGCGGCGAGGGAGCCGGACAAAGCGACUCAUUGGGUCCCACGUCUGUGGUGGGGCAGCAGAGGGUGGAGGAGGUGAUUGAACAACACUGGCAACAAGUAGAGAAGACACCCAUACGGGAGGAGAGGAGGGUGCUUCUGCCCACCACUCUGCAACCCAGAGACACUGUUGAGCUGGAGCAGCUGCUGGAGAAUUACAAGCAAGGGCAGGUAGAUGAUCUGAAUUCUCAGCUGGAGUGCUGCCACCAGCAGCUCCUGGACUCAAACAAGCACAAGCAGGACCUGGAGCUCCAGCUGAGGAUGGCUCCGGACGUCCGGACUGGUUACAUCUCUCCGCCGGAGCACCCUUUGGGUCUGGAGGCUGAUGUGACGCCCCAGACGAAGAGGUCCGAACUCGUUUGUUCUCAAGCACAGAGUUUAACAAAGAAGUACCAGGAGACCAAAGAGCUCCUGAAGCUGCAGGAGCUGAAGAAGCGUAACAUGCAGGCACAGCUUGGUCUCUCGCUUUCUCACCUACCCACCAAGGAACCUCACUUUUCUGAAUCCCCAAAACCAUGCCCUGUCCCUGAAGUUGUUCAAAACACAGUUGGCUUCUUGUUUCAGGAGGCAAUUAAAGAACUAGAAGACUCAAUAGCUGGUAAACUUCUGUCCCUAACGGAGAUGGAAAAAAAUUUGAGAUUCCAUAGCUGUAAUCAAGAGACAACAGAGACUCAUCAACUUCAGGAGCUCUUGGAGAGUUGGAAAUACCACCAGGAGAUAGAAAAUGAAACAUUAAAAGAGAGUUUAGCCAGGGCAGGUGAAAGCAUCCGUGAGUAUGAAGCCCAUCUUCUUACCAUGGAGGAUUUGGUGGUGAAGGUUCAGAAACCAAGUUUUGAAAUCCUAAAAAGCCCCUAUGGCCCCCUCUCAGAAAUUGAUAACCAUUCAGAGACAAAUGGAAUGACGAAUGGGAUGCUCUCUCAGAAGAUUGAACUUUUGACUAGUGAAAACGGGGCAUUGAAACAACGGUGUCAGGAGAUGGUCAAUCAGCUGAAUGAGGCGGACAGAGAAAUUGACAAACUGAAAGUGGAGGUGAUCGGCCAGCAGGGCGGAAAACAGCAUCAGCUUGUCACGGAAGAGCUGAAAAGACUGAAGGCUGAAUUGGCUGAAAAUUGGGCAAACUCUAUAGACAGGGAGUAUUAUGAGAGGGAGCUGAAUGAGAAAUCCUUGAGGCUUUAUGAAGCUCUGAUUACAUUGGAGGACCUUGGCAACACCCUAAAAGACACUGAGAAGAAGCUACAGUUGAAUGAGGCCAAGUUGAAAGGUCUGGCCUUCCACGCUGAUGAGGAACAGGACUUACUCCCAGAGAGGGAGCAAAACGAAGAGCUCCUCCAAGCAUCACGAGCAAAGUUAUUUGAGAUGGAUGCAAACCUUCAGCCCACAAAGCAGCGCCGUUUGGAACUUGAAGCUAGGAAUAAUGAACUAAUCACACUAAACCAGGAAUCUAAGCUGGUCAGUAAAAAGGAGCUAAGAGAAGCAGGAAAUAAAAUAAGAAUGCUACAAGGAAAGAAAGGUAGAGUUGAAAAUACACUUAGUGAGUGUGUUGAGGCAGGAGAGAAGCAGGUUGAUGAUGAAGGACUUCUAAAGCAAGUAGUAGAAGAGAUUGAGAUGAAGUCUGAGGCGAUUAAUCAGGUUUUAGAGAUGUUAGCAACAGUGGAUGUUAGUGUAGAGAAAAUGCUCUGUGAUUUAAAAAGUACUUUAUUUGAUUAUUCAAAUGAAGAGCCCCUCUGUGUGAGUCAGAAAGACAUGAGGUUGGUAAUGGAGGGAGAGUUCUGGAGCCAGCUGUUGUGUUUCUUUGAAAUCCAACCAGAGGAGAACACAAACCGCUGUGAAAGAGGUAUGGCACAACAGAUGAUGGCACAGAAGCGCUUGAUGCUCAUCGCUCGAAGGAUUUGUCCACAAGUAAAAGCUGAGAGUGAGCUAGUGACAGAGCCAGAUUUUGUAGCCAUGUACAGAUGGCUUGAUGAUGAAACGCAUGCUCUGAUUCUUAAAGAGUUAACAGAGACCUUGGAGGCUAAGUCAAAUGUUUUACAGCAGAUAGCAUUUAGUGUGACAUUGGCCAAAGAUGACCAGCUUUUGUCUUUGGCUCUAACGAGCUUUGAUUUUGAUGGAGAACAGAAACAGACCUCUCAACAUCUGUGUGACGCUCUAACAGAAGCCCACAUGUCUUAUGUGAUCACUAGGCUGAAGGUCCAACAUGAAAUCGAAUUAAAGCAAAAGCAGACGGGGAUUCAGAUUGGUAGUUUAGAUUGUCCAAAUUGUCCUAAAUUGAGAGAAGCCACCAAAGACCUGGAGUCCAAACUGGCAGAGGCUUUUUUGAAAAACGGCACAGUGCCACAAACUUUGGUCCAGAUAGAAGGAGAGCCCAUAGACCCACUCGACAAAUCCAUUGAGCUUCAUGAAACCAUGGCCCGGAAUAGGAAGGAACUACGAGAGGUCAAAGAGUGCUAUGAGAAGAAAGCUGAAAAGCUGAGGAAGGAAAUUGCUAAGGCCGGUGAGACACUGCGUGUCCAUUCAGAAGAAAAAGUGAAGGAGAUCCACUCUUUGACUAACUGCAUGGAGAACCUGAAGAAGAAGCAUGAGAUGGAGAGGAGGAACCUCAUGGAAAGAUUUGACCAGGAAAUGGAAGAGCUGAAAAGCAUGAUGAGUCCAGCAAACCCUAAGAACUUCACAGGCGAUGACCCAGCACCGCAUCGAGCCUCUUCCCAAACAUCCACAUUGAAGGAGCGCAUUCAAGAGCUGGUCACCCAGGUCUCAGUCAUGACAGAAGAGAUGAGACGCCGCGAAGUGCAGGGAGACAUUACAAGUCUGCGGCUGAAAUACGAGAAAGACCUGGAAAACCUGAAGGCCACCUGUGAGAGGGGCUUUGCUGCCAUGGAAGAGUCCCAUCAGAAGGUAAUUGAAGAGCUGCAGAGGAAACACCAGAGAGAGCUGGAGAACCUAAAGGAGGAGAAAGAGCGAUUGCUGGCAGAGGAGACUGCAGCCACCAUCGCUGCAAUUGAAGCGAUGAAGAACGCCCACCGAACAGAGUUGGAAAAGGAGCUGGACAAAGCUCGAAAGGCCAACAACAACACUGAAAGCGCAGAUAUAGAGGAGAUUCGCAGACAGCAUGAGGAGGAGCUGUGUUCUUUCCAGCGGGAGAUCGAGGUAUUGUCCGAGCAGUAUUCCCAGAAGUGUCUGGAAAACGCCCACCUGGCACAGGCGCUGGAGGCCGAGAGGCAGGCCCUCAGGCAGUGUCAGAGAGAGAACCAGGAGCUCAACGCACACAACCAGGAGCUAAACAACCGUCUGGCAGCAGAGAUCACCAAGAUGCGCUCCAUGGCGUCUGAGGACGGUGUGGAAGACACCACAAUACACGGGAAAGAGCGCUACGAGUUCGAAGUGAUGCUGAGGGUGAAGGAGUCAGAAGUCCAGUACCUGAAGCAGGAAAUCAACUCCCUGAAAGACGAACUCCAAGCUGCCCAAAGAGACAGGAAAUAUGCAACGGAUAAGUACAAGGACAUCUACACAGAGCUGAGCAUUGUCAAAGCCAAAGCAGAGCAGGAUCUGGGCCGGCUCAGAGAUCAACUGCAGCUGGCUCAUGAGGCACUUGGGGAGCCGUCGCUGGAAGAAGCGGAGCGAGGAGGAUAUGUCUGUGAGUCGAGACAUGCCUUGGGACAGUUAGGGCUGCUGAGGACGUGGAGGCCUCCUUCUCCUUUAGAGCCUCAAGGAAGGGCUGACAGCAGAGCAGAGACUCCACCUGUUUGACGAUAAAGACACAAAGGAGUUCUGACAGGGACUCUUCAUGUUUAGAGGCCCACUAUAUUUUAGCUCUGUCAUUACUUAUUAAGUUAGACUACACAAUGGUCACAAAACAUGGAUCAUAUAUUAUUAAAGAAACAAGGUAUGAAGUUUGAAUUUCAUGUCUAGAUGUUGCAUUCCAUGCACUUCAGUUAACUGCGACAUUCUUUGUAUUGUUUGUUUUUUGCUGCCAUGCCUUACUGUAAAUAUUGUUUUUUAUUGAGUAUCUGUUGUGCGUACACUAAAACUAUCACUGUGUAAGCUACUGUUUUAAGUCCCUAGACUGUUGCUAGCCAAAGGCAUAACAGUGAUGUGGACAUCCAAACACAACUACUGCAUGUUAAGGCUCAACUACUCCGUCAUCAUUCCAGUGCAAAUAGAAGUGUUUCUCAGGAAACAAUCUCUGUAACUAAAGAACUCGUCUGCAUUAGAAAACAAAUAACAGUUUCUUCAUCGCCUCACACCAUGAAUGUCCUCUGCAGUCUUUGGAUCAAUUUGAGAGAACUGUGAGGAUGACAGCUGAGUGCAUAGAAAUGGGAUUCACUGACAAUACUUUAUAUAUAUAUAUAUAUAUAUAUGUGUGUAUGUGUGUGUAUAUAUAUAUAUGUGUAUAUGUAUAUAUAUAUU